AAUCUCAUCACCGAGCCGCAAAAAACCCCACCUCCACCACUACCACCGCGUCGACGUCAGCUGAAAACCUUGGGGGGCAAUACACACUCAUCUAGACCUUCCGACGAGAGGGAGGAACGAUCCACCAUGGGCGACAGCAACGUAGCAGACGAGGUGCAGAAGGGGCUACAGAUCUUGGCCACCCUCGACGAUGAGGUUCACUGGCUGUGCAACAAGGUGGAACUCGGCGCGAACGGACGGAUGAUCAUACCGGACGAGGACGAAGCUUCGCGGGUGGACUCGACCAUGCACGCAAUAAUGCUGCUUUCCUUCAGCGAUCAGGAAGACAACCAAGAGUGGCUCAAGGCACGGAUAGCAGACCAACUUGCCCGGUGUCCGAAGUGUGUCGAGUCGUUCUACCCCGCAAAGCGUCUAUUCUACCAGAAGCUACUACCACUACAUGGCAAAGAAAACCUCGACAUGUUCUUCACUUUCCUCGAGGACUGGGACAUCGAACGAGUCACGCCGGUCGUCACCGAAUGCGUCCGCGAUCUGGACAGCGCCGACUCGGCCGAAGCCUGGUUGGAGACAUUACAGAAGGACCCACGCCGCUUCAAUGCGAUCCACGAAUGUUUCUGCGAGCCUACCAUGCUGCGUGACGUCGAGCUUCGGAAGGCAUUGAAGCGACUGUGUAGUGUCGUCGAGAUAUCGGGACCCGCCGAAGCUCUCGUCACAUUCCUGUUCGAGGAAGAUGAUGACUUGCGGUCUGUGGCCGAGAGGUCUUGGAGAAAUAUAGGAGCAUCGAUCACCACCUCAGUCUUCGAAAAUACCCUUUCGAUGACUCUCGAGUCUGCCACCCGUACAGCCUACGCCGAGACGAAUCCAAUAAAACUGUCUCGUUUCUUCAGAGGAAUCGCCAAGAUCGUCGGUAGCGUUUCAAAGGAGGUUGUUCUGAAAUGUAUAUCAGGUGCAGAAAAGGACCCCAUCAAGCUGGCAGUGCAUCGAAUACAGCCGAACACUCCGUUUUGGCCUGCUAUACUACGACUUUUCCAGGCGCUGAUGUUAAAACUUCGACUGAGCGUUUGGGAGGUGAUCUCACCACUCACGGCUUCAGCGUUUGGAGAUAUCAUUUUCCACGACAAGUUGUUCGGGCAGCUUCUUCGCUCGGUGAAGCAGAAUGUCGAGGGUGUUUCCCAGCUGUUGGACCUGACCGAGUGGAUGUCUGAGUACAUCAACUCUGUUGAGCCGCUACUCAGGCCAACGACCGCUCCAUCACUACUUCGGCAGCUUUUCAGGACUGAUUUACCAGCACUCAGUAGGGGGAUGUGCUUCAAAGAGGGAAUGAAGGUGCUCAAUGCUACUUUGAAAGCUGUCGAGUCGGAAGUCACAUCGAGCCAUGAAGUGAUUGUGCGGCAGGCAAACGAUCUUUUCAUGGAGUAUCAGCGGCUGGUGACGGAUGUGGCCUUCUCGUCGGAGUCGUUCGAAGACCCGCUCAUGGAGGAGCAUAUGCUCAUUGCCCAACGCGCCGCCCAGGAAACGGUCAUCUCCGCUCUCAAACUGGAUGUGCGGUUCCUUCAAGCGGACCACCACUGCCUGAGCGGGAAGCACCCCACCAAGCCGACGUAUGGAAUGGACUUACGAGCCGAUCUGUGGGACUUGGUAGCAACGGAAUUCCCGCUUAAUGACGAUGAAUUUUGUGUAAAUCUACUGGAGGCUGUUCGGGGUCUUACUGAGAUUGACCGGCUCUAUAUCUCUCCAAAGGAAAAAGGCCUUGAGACGGAAAUGCAGGCUUUUAAUACCCGCCUGUCCGCUUUCGACGCACCGCUCGCCAGGAUCCUCAGCAGCAUGAGCAGGUGUUCCUUCGACACUCUGGACAGCGUUCUCAGUCAGCAACGCUCGUUCGAGACGUUGCUGUGCCUGAUGAUGUAUCGCACCGAAGACGUGGCGAUGUCGGCGGAAGACAUCCUUCUUCUCGGAACCAAGGCGGAGGAUAAAGCUGAUUGUCUGCGACUGAUGUUUUACAAGGACUUUUCGGUUCCAAUUCUUUCUUUGAGUUCCAUAUCCCGCCAACAGGCCAAACUUAAUCUCUUUGGCCUGAUGCCCAGAUGGACCAAAAUUGGCAUAACUGUACUUGAGCUCUUGUGCGACCGCACCGAAGGAAUACUUAGAACGGACCUGGAGACGUGGCAACGGUCGAUUCUGAGGGUUCAUUGGGACACGCAAUGGAGAUGCCUGGGCGCCAUAUUCAAGAAGUGUCGUAGAUGGGCGUUAGGCGAAGACAAGUCCGUAAUGAUAGAAUUUCUGCGGAAUGCCAUGGACUACGCCGAAACGCUGUUUGACAACUUCUGGACCUACGAGCAGGCCCUCCGUGCCAGCAUGGACGAGAUCAAAAAAUCACGAGAGGACAGCUGGACCCAUCGCCUGCUGCAAGAUGCGUCAAAGAUCCUCAACCCUUUCACGCACAUCUUGAGUAUCCAGGACGACCAUCUCCUGCAAACGGGGAUGAAGCUCAUGUGUAAAAUUCUUGGACUCCUCGCAGAGAAGGAUGUUCCAGUCGCCGACGAUGGGUUCUUCGUGAACCUCAAGCAGUAUCUAUACCCCGAGACGUUCCCGGGCUACGAUCCUACGAGAGCCACGCACACAAACCUGUCGGAGGCCCAAAAGACAGAGCUAGCAGUGUUCGCCAACCGCCUAUCUCCAGAUUUCAUUCCAGUUAAGGAGAAACCCAUCGUAGAAAUAUCGGACGACGACUAUGCCGACUCUGAUAUUCCAGAUGAUGAGAUGAUAAAGGCUCUGGAGAGCCCUGCCGUGAAGAAGACCCAGUCGAAACUUGACUUCCAGCCGGCACCACGCGAUCACCGGCCAGCCCCAGCUCCCAAGGCAGUGCCGAAGGUGGUGGGGGGCCCAAUGCGAACCGUCAAAAAGCGAGAUGCAGCCGCUGUGCAAGCCUUCCUGGAGAAACGGAAGGCGGAGAAGGCGGCGCUGCAGAAGAAGAAAGACGCUGUCCUCAAAACCAAACCGCAAACUACAACACUAGAGGAUUCUUCUUCUGAUGAUGAUGACUCGUCUGAUGGCGAUGGCACCGCACUAUUCAAACUCGGUUCUCGCACGAAGACCGAGAUCAAGGAUAAGGUCGCCGAAGCUCCCAGAAAAACCCUGCCGCGUAAACCCCCCGCAAUUAAGCGUGUCAAGGAUAAUCGUGCUAGACUGGCUCCGGACAUGUCCGAGCUGUAUAAACAGAUCUUCAAGUGGGAUUUCUUUCACGAUGGUAAGUUUCCGCCGGGCAUGUCGGUCAACCAUUACACGUCCGUCCCAAAAUCCUUCAGUACCUUUGGGGCAUAUCAGAAAACAUUUGAGCCGUUGCUCUUGCUUGAAGCAUGGCAAUCGUUUCUGAAGUCCAAGGAGGAUGCCAUGCCCAGUGGUUGUCUGGAGGUCAAGAUUGCCACCCGGAUGAGAUCGGAUCAUUUUGUCGAGUUGGAGUCCACCAUCGAAAACAUGCCUGAUCGUAAUCGCUGGUUUGAGGCGGAUGUCGUGCUGCUUUCCGCGAGCAAAGAUCCACUCGUUAAUACCGGUGGACCGCAUUGCAUCGCUAGGGUGCAUACCGUAAAGAGGAAGUUUACCGGCAACUGUGAAGUAUCGCUGCGCUGCGAACCAGGGCCAGUGAUGUUGCAGAACCAUAUGCGCAACGGUGGUACUCUGUACGGAGUCAAGAUCAUGAAUUUGACACCGCUGGAGAGAGAGUACGCGGCUCUGGUGUGCAUGCAGUAUUACGACCUCCGUGAGGAGAUCUUAACGGCGAAGCCCAGUCCUUUGGUCGAACCUACGGAGAAACAGGUGGAAAAAACCAUGAGCAUCUACGAUGUCAACGAACCACAGGCGAAAGCUAUCAUAUCGGCCGUCUCAGGCACCGGGUUCAAUUUGAUCCAAGGACCUCCCGGAACCGGAAAGACAAAGACGGUCGUCGGUAUUGUUGGUGCUUUGCUGAGUCCCAGCAGCGAUAUCAUUCCGAUCACAGGAGUGGCCUCGUCCGUGAAAACCCCCACGAAGAAAGUCCUUGUCUGCGCUCCCAGCAACGCUGCUGUCGAUGAAUUGGUGGUCCGUUUCAUGCAGGGUCUGCAAUCAGCCAAGGGCGAGAAAUGGGUCCCUAAGAUUGUUCGGCUCGGAAAGUCAGACGCCAUCAAUGCUGCAGUCAAGGAAGUUACGCUUGAGGUGCUAGUUGAUGCUAUAAUGCAGCCAACCACGAACCAAACUCCAGGAGGUCAGAACACGGAUGACUUGCGGCAACAGCAUACCAAAGCUUGUGCAGAACGUGCCGAAAAACAGAAGGCUCUCGACGAAGCACGUGCACAGAAGAUUGAGCCUCCUGUUGGACUGUUGCCCGAGGUCGACAAACUGAGUAUGAACAUUCGAGAUCUGCGUCGUCAAUUGGAUCAGCAGCGAGACCAGAGGAAGGAGAGUGGGCGAAACGCCGAAAUUCUGCGCCGUCAGUGCCAGCAGCAGAUUAUGAACGAAUCGCAAAUCAUUUGUGCAACUCUGAGCGGAGCAGGUCACGAGAUGCUCCGCAAUAUCAAUGUCGACUUUGAGACUGUCAUUAUUGAUGAAGCAGCCCAGUCCGUCGAAUUGAGCGCUCUGAUACCCCUCAAGUUUGGAUGCGAAAAAUGCAUCUUGGUUGGAGAUCCUCAGCAACUGCCGCCCACAGUUCUGUCUCGAGAUGCUGCGAGGUUCAGUUACGAGAAGUCACUGUUCGUCCGCAUGCAGGAAAACUACCCUAAGCGCGUACACCUGUUGAGCAUCCAGUACCGAAUGCACCCGGCGAUCAGUGCUUUCCCCAGCCGGUCUUUCUACGAUUCCGGACUCAUGGACGGAGAGGGUAUGGCCGAGCUGCGCACACAGCCGUGGCACGACAGUACGGUUUUCGGACCGUAUAGGUUCUUCAACGUCGCCGGUUCGGAGGCACGGCAGAAGACGUCGCUAUACAACGCAGAGGAGGCACGGACCGCUCUUGAUCUUUUCGACCGUAUCACUCAGGACUUUAAGGAUGUCAAUUUUGACGGACGCAUCGGCAUUGUUACCCCGUACAAACAGCAGCUGGGCGAGCUCAGGAAGACGUUCAUUAACCACUAUGGAGAGAAAAUUCUCACUGGUAUCGAGUUCAACACUGUGGAUGCGUUCCAGGGUCGUGAGCGAGAUAUCAUCAUCUUCUCGUGUGUCAGGGCGGCAGAAGAGGGAGGUGUGGGUUUCUUGAGCGAUAUCCGGCGUAUGAACGUCGGUCUCACCAGAUCGAAAUCCUCGUUGUUCAUCCUUGGAAACGCGAACUUCCUGGUUCGCAACCAGAUGUGGCGAAGUUUGAUAGAGGAUGCUAAGGCUCGUAACUACUUCACGGAUAACGUUCGUGGAUUGUUCAAUCGGAGCACUCGUGCCUCUAACAGAAAAAUCGAAGCUCCCCCGGCUCCUCGAGCUGCCCCCGACGGUGGUCAACAGCAGGCAGCCGCAGACGACUGGGACCCAAUGGAUAUCGACACUGACAUGCCGCUCAAACAGCAGCCUCAGCCUCAGCCCCAACGUAGUUACAAACAGAAUAACAAUGCCAUGGACGUCGACAUACCCACUGGGCCUCGUGGGCGCGGAAACCAACGCCCUCCACGUCAGCCGCAGAAUGCGAACCAGCGACCUCAGGGUGGUAAUCAGCCUUCAAACGGCCUCCAGAACAGGGACGCCAAUAUCACUUGCAACGCUUGCGGAAACAAGGGACAUAGAUAUGCCAACUGUACAUUGCGCACGGGUUCGAAUAAUCCAACGCCCCCGGUGCAGCAGGCUCCGCGGAAUCUAAAGCGCCCUGCCCACUUCGACGACGAGCGCGCAAGCAAGAAGAUGGAAGUAGACCCUCCGGCCAACCCCGGUAAUAACAGUUCAAGUUCGAGCACCGCUCCGCCCCCGGCCGCUGCCCCCGCUCCUGCUCCUGCUCCUGCUCCUGCUCCUGUGCCCAAGAAGGGUGUGGUUUACAGGAAGUCCGGACCGUCCGACGUCUUCGUUCGGAAGAAGCCCAGGCGUCCUUCUGGUUCUGGACCUCCACCCCCACCCCGUCCCUCGAACUAGGACACCACCAUUCGUUUUCUUCAUCUUCGUAUCACGGAGACCAGAAGCACGCGGAGAUUUCCAUCUUCAUCAAGACUCAAUACCUUCGGAUUUUCUUCUCUU